AUUUCUAUGAAAACACAUGGUGUAUCCCGGGUUCCGGUCACAAUAAAAAAUUUAUCCCCGUAAGCACAGUGUGCUUCCUGUUUUACCCCUGCUAAGUUUGCAUAUGAAGCGGGGUUCAUGUUAGCAAACAAAAUCUUAUCUUAAUCCAAACCCAUCUGCCUUUUUAUCCCCUUUUCCCACUCCACUGCAAUUCCUGAUCCAUUUUCCAAUGGCAUUGUCAGAUCAGACCUUCUUCCACAACUGCCUUAUAGCUCUCUACCUCAUAGCUCCCCCAACCUUCAUCUCCCUCCGGUUCCUCCAAGCCCCAUACGGCAAGCACCGCCGCCCGGGGUGGGGCCCCACAAUGUCCCCGCCCCUCGCCUGGUUCCUCAUGGAAUCCCCAACUCUCUGGCUAACCCUCCUCCUCUUCCCCUCCGGCCGCCACUCCUCCAACCCAAAAGCCCUUUUGCUCAUCACCCCCUUUCUCUUCCACUAUUUCCACCGCACCUGCCUCUACCCGCUCCGCCUCCACCGCGACACCGCCAGUUCCAAAUCCUCCGCCGGCGGUUUUCCGGUGAGCGUGGCGGCGAUGGCGUUUGGUUUCAACCUGUUGAAUGCGUAUCUGCAGGGCAGGUGGAUUUCUGAGUACAAAGAUUAUGAAUCUGACGGGUGGUUUUGGUGGCGGUUUAUGGGUGGGUUGGCGGUGUUUGGUUAUGGCAUGGGUGUAAAUAUAUGGUCUGAUAGCGUCCUCGUGGGGUUGAAAAAAGAGGGUGGGGGGUAUAAAGUGCCAAAAGGAGGGUGGUUUGAGUUGGUGAGCUGCCCAAACUACUAUGGGGAGAUAGUGGAGUGGGCAGGAUGGGCAGUGAUGACGUGGUCCUGGGUAGGGCUGGGGUUUUUUCUUUACACGUGUGCAAACUUGGUGCCUAGGGCACGUGCGAAUCACCGGUGGUAUUUAGAGAAGUUUGGAGAGGAUUAUCCCAAGGGUAGAAAAGCUGUCCUCCCAUUCUUGUAUUGAAAGGCCUUUAGUUGAUCUAAAAAACUAAUUGAAAGCUUUUUUGUUUUUUCACUUAUUGGUAUUAUUGUUGUACUUUCUUUGUUAAUGUGAAUGCGUUUAAGCGUUAAUCAGUUAA